UGCACCAGUCCUGCUGGCUGGAGGGGGUACACUGGUGUCUGUAGCUGCUGCGCUGUUCGUGUACUAUCUCCGUCCUGCUUACAUACUCAUCCUACUCAGAUGGUACAAUGUGUGGAAGACAGGUUUCAAGAUCAAGUUCAUUAAGGCAGCAGGAAGACAGAUUGGAUACAUGGAACGAGGACAGCCGAAGGAAGGGGAGCCUUCCAUGUUGUUCUUGGACUGGAAAGUUUCCACAUAGUGGGGUGCAGUAUGGGCGGUGCAGCAGCUGGUUGCUAUGCUGGUAGUCAUCCGGAGCUGGUGUCUGCUGUGACCAUGAUGUGUCCUGCAGGUGUGAGAACACCACCGCUGGAGCAAAUAGGACCCCUACUGAUUCCAGAGAGUACUGCAGAUAUAAAGGAGAUGCUGGACAGAGUAUUUUACAACUGGAAGACUGUAGAGCCACCUGAAAUGAUUCUGGAAGGUCUGUUAGAGCUACGGAGACCUCGUCAUGACUUUUUCAGGAAAAUGUUAGAAGAGUCCAAGAAAACCCCAAACAUACUUGAAAAGGAGUAUAUGGACAAGAUUACAGCCCCAACCCAGGUCAUCUGGGGGAAACAUGAUCAGAUCCUGCCCCCAUCAGCUGCAGCAGUUCUGGAGAAAGGGAUCCCAAACUGUCGUGUGGACAUGUUAGAGAGGUGUGGACACGCCCCUGGUGUGGAGAGGCCUCGCAAGACUGCCAGUCUCCUCAUGCAUUUCAGGGAAUCAAUUUUCUCAUGAGACUGUAAAUGUCAUAGCCAUGUAUCUGUAUUCAGUGUGCAGAAGACCUUACACUUCUGUGCUGAGAUAGAGCACAAUGUCACCAGUCUCUACUCUCCAAGCAGAGGUUAGGCUCCAGCUGGGGGGUUUUAUCGAGCUUUCUCUUUAUACCGUUUUCUUAAUGUCUCAUGGCCUAAAUAAAAUGAAAACGGUUCAAAAUAGAAAGCCUGAUAAAAGUGUAUUAAAAUGUACCCCCCCCCCCCCAAAAAAAA